CUUGACCAUACGCGUCAGUUACAGAACAUUCGCCAUGUUAAAACUAUCUGACUUGGAUCUCUCCGAAGACGACGUCCAGCAGGUGCUUCGACGGCACUGCACCGAUCAUGAGAUUCAACCUACGGCAGUGGAAUCCGCAUGGAUCGAACGCUUCGGUGGAAGCCCGGACGGAUUCCUGGCUGAUCAUUUCGCCUUGAAGGCGGUGGUCGUCUAUGGCCAUGGUGAUCGAGCGUAUACGAAAGAGUUUUCGUUCUUUUUGAAGGCGGUUCCGAGAGGGAACCUGGUGCUGGCAAAGUACCUUGACGAUAUCGGGAGUUUCCGAAAGGAGGUGGCACUUUGCGAAAAGAUUAUUCCAGAGAUUGAUCGUAUGCUUGCCGGGAGACAGGUCGUGCCGAAGUAUUUGCUCACCAAGGAAGAUCGAUUGAUUGUAAUGGAGAAUGUUAAGACUAAAAGUUUUGAUAUAUUGAAAGGGAACAGGGGUCUGAUGGACUACGCUCAUUUGGAGAAAGUAUUUGAGACGUUGGCCUAUUUUCAUGCGGGAACAAUUCUGCUCGAGGAAAAAGAAGGUCGAGCAUUGACGGAGAUGUUUCCUAGAGUGUUGGAUGAGAACGCGUGGACCGGAGUGGAAGGAAGCAUUCGAACAAGGGAUGUGGAAAAUGUGAUUGUUUUAUGGUGCGAGUUCAUGAGAGUCACGGAACGCGACUCGUCAAGGUUGGGAGAGAUCUUGACUGCACUUCCGCAUACAAUCAGAAGUUUGUACGAGUACGUGAAACCGUCAACGAAAUGGAGAAACGUCUUCAGUCACGGUGAUCUUUGGAGUAACAACGUGAUGUUCAAGAAUUCGCCUGACGGAAUUCCUGAGGAAUGCAUCUUAGUAGAUUUCCAACUGUCGCGGUACACUCCUCCAGCGUACGACAUAAGUUUAUUACUCUCGUUGACGACAUCCUUCGAGUUCCGGUGUAAACAUAUGAACUCUUUAUUGGACAGUUAUUACGAUACAUUUCAAACUGUAUUGACUCGCAACGAGAUCGACCCUUCAACAGUCUACACAAAACAGUCUUUCAGAGAUAGUUGCGAACACUACCGUCUAGCCGGCCAAAUUCACGGCUGCAUAAUCGGUCCGGAAGUUCUGUUGCCAACUAGCUUCAUCGAUCAUGUGUUCGACCUCGCCACCGAAUGCGCUGGAUUCAUGCCUCAGCCGAAAGUCAACAUUUGUCUGAAUGCAUUCCGUAGCGACGAUUGUUAUCGCCUUCGGAUGCUGGACAUGGUGCAGGAGUUGCUGCCUGACCUGCAUUGCGCAAACGAUAAUCCCGGCCCGGACCUUGAUUGACAGAUCAUAAAAGCAGACAUGGACCGUAUCUUGU